GCACCCCUACUAAAAACUCAAAAGACAAAUCGGUGAUUUACCGCUAAUAAAAUAUUUUUACAAAUGGCAAGAGCAACACAGUUCGCAGCACACUUUCUCAAAGAACGAAUUGACUUGGUGCAAACUGCAUCUACAAUCAAUCUCCUCAUUUCCGAUCGAAUUUAUGGCUGCCGCAGCUGUUGGUGAAGCUUUUCUUUCUGCUUUCAUUGAAGUCGUCCUCGACAGGCUAUCAUCUCCUCAGCUUGUUGACUUGGUCCGUAGGAAGAAACUUGACGUCAAUUUGGUUCAACGGUUGAAGAACACUCUUUAUGCUGUUGAAGCCGUGCUUAACGAUGCUGAACAGAAGCAGAUUCAUGACUCUUCUGUUAACAAAUGGCUUGAUGAUCUCAAAGAUGCUCUCUAUCUUGCUGAUGACAUUCUCGACCACAUCUCCACCAAAGCUGUUCUUUCCAACAACAACAACAAGCAGGUGAGUACUGUUAACUACUUCUCUCGCUUUUUCAACUUUGAAGAAAGGGAUAUGGUUCGUAAGCUGGAAGAUAUAGUUGCUAGGCUGGAAUACAUUCUCAAGUUCAAAGAUAUUCUCGGUCUUCAACAUAUUGCAACUCACCACUCAUCAUGGAGAACUCCAUCAACCUCUUUAGAAGACAGAUCUAUCAUUUUUGGUAGGGAUCAUGACAAACAGGCCAUACUCAAAUUGCUCUUACAUGAUGAUGAUAAGACUGGUGUGAUUCCCAUUGUUGGCAUGGGUGGCCUUGGAAAAACAACUUUAGCCCAAUUUGUGUACAACCAUGAUGAUAUAAAGAGCAAAUUUGAUGUUAAAGCUUGGGUUUGUGUUUCUGAUGAUUUCGAUGUUUUGAAGGUUACAAAGUUCAUCGCCGAGGAAGUGGGAAGUACUUGUAGCACAAAUAGCUUGAAUAUCCUUCAUCGAGAUUUGAAGAAAAAGCUGACCGGGAAGAGGUUCUUGAUUGUUUUGGAUGAUGUCUGGACCGAGGAUGACGACUCUUGGAAUUCUCUUAUAAAGCCUCUUCAAUAUGGAAGUAUAGGAAGUAAAAUUCUUGUAACUACCCGUAGUGAAAAAGUUGCGUCUAUGGUUCAAACUUUUCAACCUUACUCUCUUCACCAAUUGUCUGAUAAAGAUUGUUUGUCAGUGUUUGCGAACAAUGUGUGCCUUUCUCCAGAUGACAAUAUGGAUCUCCGAAAAAUUGGCAAAGAGAUUGUUAGAAAAUGUAAGGGAUUGCCUUUAGCAGCUCAGUCACUUGGGCGCUUGUUGCGAGAAAAACGUGACAUCAGGGAUUGGAAUAGUAUACUGAAUAAUAAUAUUUGGGAGAAUAAGAGUAAGAUCAUUCCAGCAUUGAGAAUUAGUUAUCAUUAUCUCCCUCCCUAUUUAAAACGUUGCUUUGUAUAUUGUUCAUUGUUUCCCAAAGAUUAUCAAUUUGAUAAACAUAAAUUAAUCUUGUUGUGGAUGGCGGAGGAUCUUUUACAUCCUUCAGGAAAUAACAAGACUUUAGAAGAAGUUGGUUAUGGAUAUUUUAAUGAUUUAGCUUCCAAAUCAUUUUUUCAACAUUCUGGUUAUGGGUAUUUUGUAAUGCAUGAUCUUGUGCAUGAUUUGGCAACAUGGCUUGGUGGAGAAUUCUAUUUUAGAACAGAAGUACUUGGGAAAGAUACGAAGAUUGGUGCCAAGACUCGUCAUCUGUCAUUUUCCAAGUUCAGUGAUCCUAUCUCAGCAAACUUUGAUGUUUUCCGCAGAAUAAAGUCUCUGAGAACAAUCUCGCCAAUCUAUUCAUGGGAUGAUCCAUUCAACCAAGAAAAGGUGUCAUGCUUCAUUUUGUCAAAUAUGAAGUACUUGAGAGUUUUGAAAUUUGGCAACUUUGAAGGUCUGGAUGCAUUUCUUAAUUCAAUAGAUGAACUAAUCCAUUUGCGUUAUUUGGAUCUCUCUUCCACGUCUAUAAAGAUGUUACCUGAGUCAUUAUGUAACCUGUAUAAUCUACAAACGUUAAAGUUGUACAAUUGUAAAAGGCUAACAAGGCUUCCCAAUGACAUGCAAAAUCUGGUAAAUUUGCGCCAUUUGGAAAUUCGGGGAACUAAUUUAAAAGAGAUGCCUAGAGAAAUGAGCAAAUUGAUCAAUUUGCAACGAUUGGGUUGCUUUGUCGUGGGAACGCAGGAAGCGAAAGGGAUCAAAGAAUUGGGAACACUUUCGAAUCUUCACGGAUCACUUUCUGUUAGGAAGUUAGAGAACGUGACCAACAGCUUUGAAGCAUCACAGGCAAAUAUAAUGGAUAAAAUGUACCUUAAUAAAUUAUCGUUUGUAUGGUCUAAAGAUGCAAAGAACCAUUUUCAAAGUUCACAAAGUGAGAUGGAUAUACUUGGAAAGUUACAACCUUCCAAGAACCUGAAAAUGCUAGAUAUUGAUGGAUACAGGGGCACACUAUUUCCAGAAUGGGUUGGACAUCCUUCCUACCAAAAUUUGACUGAGGUAUCUCUGUAUGGUUGUUUGAAUUGUUGUAUCCUUCCAUCACUUGGACAAUUAUGCUCUCUCAAGGUCUUGACAAUCAGUAAAAUGAAUAUGCUGGAGACUAUUGGAACUGAAUAUGACAAUACCUUUUCAGGGACAUACUUUCCUUCCCUUGAACGUCUGGAGUUUUUUAAGAUGUCAUUUUGGAAAGUGUGGCAUCAUCCUCAUGAGUCAAAUGUUUAUUUUCCAGUAUUGAAGUCUAUUGUGAUUAAUGAUUGUCCCAGAUUACAUGGGGAUUUGCCAUCUUAUCUUCCUGCUUUGGACACAAUUCGUAUUGAAGGAUGCAACCAGCUUGUUUCUUCUCUCCCAAGGGCUCCUGCCAUCCGCAGAUUAUACAUAUUUGAAAGCAAUAAUAUAGCCUUGAAUGAGCUACCCCUUUCAUUGGAAGAGUUAGAUGUUAAAGGAAGUGAGGUGACAGAGUCUGUCUUUGAAGCCAUUACCAUCACCCCACCAAUUUCUCUUAAAAAAUUAGUCAUCAGGGAUUGUUCUUCUGCAAUAUCGUUUCCAAGAGAUUGUUUACCCUUAUCCUUAGAGAGUUUGUCCAUCACAAAUUCUAGUAAUCUAGAUUUCCCAAAGCCAAAUCACGGGCAUGAGUCACUUAAGUAUCUCUUUAUAGAUAGAAGUUGUGAUUCUCUCAUAACCCUCCCGCUGGAUACCCUUCCCAACCUCCAUCAUCUGCGUAUCGGCAACUGUGAAAACAUAGAAAGUCUUUCCGUUUCAAAGGUUCUUCAAAAUCUCGAUGCUAUUAACAUUAGUGACUGCCCCAAAUUUGUAUCAUUCCCAGGAGAAGGACUGUCUGCACCCAACUUGUCAUCAUUGUAUGUCUCCAACUGUGUCAAUUUAAAAUCACUGUCUUGUCACAUAAAUACUCUUCUCCCAAAGUUAGUUAGUAUGUCUAUAUAUGAAUGUCCAAAAUUGGAGAUGUUUCCUGAAGGGGGUAUGCCGCCUAGCUUUAGAACAAUUUUGAUUGCGAAUUGCGAAAAAUUAUUGAUGAGCACAUCUCUAACUUCAAUGGACAUGCUUACCCAUCUUUGCAUUGAUGGUCCAUGUGAUGGUGUCGAGUACUUUCCAAAGAAGGGUUAUGUAUUGCUGCCUCCCUCCCUUAUAUACCUGCAUAUAUAUAACCAUUCAAGUUUGCACACGUUGGAUUGCACGGGGCUUCUCCACCUCACUUCCCUGCAAGCAUUAAUAAUUAGAUUGUGUCCCAAGCUGGAGAAUAUAGUGGGAGAAAGGCUGCCUGCUUCUCUAAUAGAACUUAAUAUCUUUGAAUGUCCUUUGCUGAAAGGACAGUACCGCGUGAAAUACCCGCAAAUUUCCCACAUCCCUCGCAUUGUAGUUGACAACAAAUGGAUUUAGUAAGCGAUGUUGGUUUGCAGUUUGUUGUACACGGUCAUAUGGACACUUCCAUCAAUUAAACUGCAGAAUCAAAGCAAACAUUUUAUUUCUCAUUUUCAGAUAUUGAAGCGACUUACUCCCAUGUUGAUUAUGCUGGGAAUAUCAAUCAAUCAUGGCUUUGGUUUGUACAAUCAAAGAUACAUUACAGAAAUGUUAUGCUGCCGAGACUGUAAACGAAAUUUGAUCCUUCUAGAAGUUUCUGCUGCUAUUAUUACUCCGCAUUUUGUUGACUUUGAUUGGAGUUAACAAUGAACUAGAAUAGAGCGAUGCUAUGCUGAUUUGAUGCAGGAGCGGACUAAUGGUGUAACAAGGAAAUGAAAUUUCAAUUCUUACUGUCAUCUAACUUCCGAAGCAGUCCCGCAAAGAUUGAUUGGAAAAUCUUCAAAUUAAUAUUUCUUAAAACUUAGGCAUCAAAAGGCUGAUUAGAGCAUACUGCAUACAUCUGUACUGCUGAAGAUGAUCUAUCACUAAUUCCUUACCAGCACGAAGCCAUGAAUUAGCUUACUGUGUCAUGGACUCAUGAUACGUGUUUCCCCAAAGGCUUGCCAUCCGGAUAAACUAUCUGUGCUAAUCACCGGAAACUGGGAAUCUGCCAAGAAACAACUCAGCUGCAUUUUGCCAUUGACCCUACUUGUCAAAAUUGUCCCUUCAACCUGUAAAAUUGAUUAAACAGUAAAAGUGUUUUGUAAGGUUGACUAUAGCCCAGAUCCAGGAUUAUCUGAAAAGCCAGAGACAUCUACUAAUGUGAUGCAAGGUAUGCCGCUAUCCUGAGAUUGUUUGGCCCAUCCUGUUAUGUAUCAACUGAAAACGGCAGGGACCUUGCUAACGCGUGCCCUUUUUGGGGGAAUAAAAAUAAUGGCAUCAUGGAGUAGUGCAAAAAUUUUCCUUUUAUGAUAAAUAGGUCCAUAGUUUUCUUUUGUAUAGUCUGCCAUGUUGGGACUUAUUUCCUUGAGCUCAAGUGGGCACAUCAGGACCACAUUUCACAUGUGAGGCCUGGGUCAGCAUUUGUUUCAGUCGAUACUUUAUUCUGUGCUUACAUUGUUCAU